AUGCCGUUUGGGUCCCUGGCGAGCCCUGACUCCAGAGGCCCUUCUGUCUUGCAGGGCAAGCACAAGCUGCAUGUGGACACGGGACUGGAAGGUGACUGGUGUGGCCUCAUCCCCAUCGGGAACUCCUGCGAGAGCGUGACCACGACGGGCCUCAAGUGGAACCUCACUAACCAGGUGCUGAAGUUUGGAACGCUCGUCAGUACUUCCAAUACCUAUGACGACUCUGGGAUUGUGACCAUCGAGACGGACAAGCCUUUGCUGUGGACAAUGGCUAUCAAAAGAUAA